CUCAAGCAAACUAGCACUACGUGAGCUAGCUCCUACUCCGGCGUGUGUCCCGAUUGCACCGCCACCAUGCCCCUAACCUUGUCCCCGCCACGCCUCCUCCUUCUCCUUCGCCGCCGCCAAGCCAAGGUCCAGGAGCCGCGCUCCACGGCCCGCCCAUGCCGUGGAGCGCGGCUCAGCUGUGCCCCUGACGAGGUCGCGGCCACAGACGCCGAGCAGCAGCAGGGAGAGGAGGAGGAGGAGUUGGUGCUGCUCGCCUCCUACCGCACCGCCUUCAACGAGGUCAUCAUGGUCAUUGACUCGCCCUCCAACCGCUACCUCGUCCUCGACCCCACCCGCAACGUCCACAGCAUUCUCCCCAAGAAGAGCGCCUGGACCAAUUCCUACUGGGAUGAGUGCGUCAGCCUGCCUACCGUUGUUCCACGAGGUCCUGUUGCACUUCUAGGUUUGGGUGCUGGGACAGCAGCACAUAUGAUGCUGGAAGUAUGGCCUUGGAUACAGCUUAUCGGAUGGGAGAUUGAUCCGACGGUAAUUGAAUUGUCGAGGGAUUAUUUUGGUAUGUCCACUUUAGAGAAGACCACGGAACUAGGUGGUUCACUUUCGGUGCAUAUUGGCGAUGCACUUUCCCCAUCGGCUACAGUCGAAGGAGGAUUUGCUGGUAUUGUUGUUGAUUUAUUUGCUGAUGGAAAAGUCUUACCUCAGCUACAGGAAGCUGAAACUUGGUUAGAGAUUGCGAAGAAGCUGAUGCCCGAUGGUCGAAUCAUGGUCAACUGCGGUGCGGGAGAUACCGCCAUAUCUCUUGCCGCCGACGCGGAUGUUUCCUCCUGGGUUCAGAAUCCCACAAUCAAGGCUCUAUGCUCUGCAUUUCCAGGGCAACUAAACUGGAAGAGGCUUUCGGAGAAGGAGAGCGUAAACUACGUCGCGUUGACGGGUCCCCUUCCGGAUUUGGAGGAGUGGUCAACCUCGGUUCCUAGCGAGCUGAGCCUGAGAGUGAAACAAUGGGUGCCUUGCGAGCUCGCAUGAGGAUCGAUGUACUCCCCUCGUCCUAAAAUAAGUGUCUUGAGCUUAGUACAACUUUGUACAAAGUUGAGACACUUAUUUUGGGACGGAGGGAGUAAGUUUUUCUUCUGUCUGCGCCUUGCUUGCUUCGACAACUUUGCAUGUCUCCUCCCUCCACGGUCCUUUUCUGGUGAGUAGAAGCUUCAGUCGGUCGGCAGGUGCCGCACGGUUGAGCACGCUUGAUUAUUCGAUGCCCUAGUUCACAUGAGCUAGCCCAUCUGACUUGUUGAACUAUGUAUGUUGGUAAUGGUUGACUUGUUGCUUGUUUAAGGUGUAGUUAAGUUAAGGCCAUCGACCUGCAUUUGAAGAAGUGCCAUAUCAUAUCAGCGCUCACAUGUCUGAGGAAGGAAUAGCAGUGAUCUGUCCGGCCCCAAUUUAUGUUCCUAGUUUGAAGAAGAGCAGAGCGAAGACCUGCCUGCAUGUUGAAUGGAGUUGAUGUGUCUACCCCUGAAAUCGAGCGAGGGGGACUUCGGAACGCACCACGCUACAAUUAUUUUUUGUUAUGUCCCGCUGACCUGCUGCUGAUUAGUACUACCUCUGUAUCAAAAUAUAAGACGUUUUGCCAGUUCGAUUUGAAAGGUAAAGAUGUCUUACAUGUUGGUACGGAGGCAGUACGUGCCAUUCAUCAUCCCACUCCUUGUCUCGGCAGUGUGCCGCAAAGUGACAAGUUCAUUGCCGUUGUGCAAUGGCUUUCGCUGGAGGUCGCUGUUCGUUAGUAGUAGUACCGUCUGCUCACGGCUACACGUUACUUCUA